CGAAAAUCUACAGUGGAAUUUCCAGACGCCAUUUUAGGUAUGGAAAGAUCUAGAAGGAAUUUUUAUAUUGCGAUUUAAUAAGCUAGUGCUUGGCUGAAGAUGGCACGGGCGAGGAGUCCAUCUGAUGAUCGCAUGGCAGAGAAUGCAAAUAUGGAAUCGCUGUUUAUCAACAUUAGAGACGAAAUAAACAACAGCACGGGGAUUCUUCUCAAGGAACUUAAGCCGAAACAAGGUUCUGUGGAAACACAAUCGGAACCAAUAAGUAGGGCCAAGUUGAAAUUUAUGAAACGCUGUACUGGAAUCAAACUUAUUUCAUCAGUGCUUAACAACAAUAACAGUGAAUGGAUGGAGUAUGACAAAUUGGAUACAAUACUAAAACAAAAUGUGAAGGAAUGCGGUUAUAAAUCAUUUGAAGAGGUGUCGGGUAUGGCAUUGAAUGAUUUCAUAAUAUCUGAGUCUGAAAAUUUUCAAUAUAAAAAAAUUCCCAAGAGUUGCAAAAAAAAAGUCAAAAUGAGAAUAAGAAGAAUCAACCAAAAUGCUCCAAGCAAUGAAACAAACCAAAGUUUUACAUCAAAAUCAAAAGCAAAUGAUCAAGAUAGUAUAAGUGAUAAUGAAACAGAGCUUAAAAGGACAUUAGAUGACGAACACGAAUCUGAUGAACAAUACACAUCAAACGCGCUGGAAAAUCUACUCAAUCCAUCGCCAUCACUUCCUCCACACACCCCUCUAAAUGAACAAAAUGAAAUAAACGCCCUUGAUACUGAGUGCUUAACAAGAAUUGAGCACAACGACUGUGACAUUCCAAGGAUAUAG